AUGUCGGGCGACAAUCAAAAUACGGAGGCUCAGGCCGAUGAUGGCAUUAGACGGCGUAUCAAAGUCCAAGACGAAUUCCCCGGAAACUCGGAAAAUGAUCCUUCAAUACAAGUCUCUUUGAGUAGGCCACAUAUUACAAAACAUUCGAGGCCGCGCCUGGAAAGUCGUCGUAGCUCCGCCAUGAGUAUUGCGCAGAUCGAUCAGGUGCUCUCAGACGAUGACAUGGAUGAAGACACUUGUGGAGUCUCCGAGGUCCGCGAGGGACUGUUUGAGGCUACAUUUCUUAAGCCACUACAUCCUAAUGUAACGGAUCUCUUGGAGCGUUCAAAGACUACGUUGCCGGCACAAUUUGACAAGUCAAACCCAUUAGCGCCAAAGUACUUCAUCUCGCGACAGUGGCAUCAAUUUAAUUCUCUUUUUCGUCGGAUAGCAACUACGAGAGAAGGGAUUCGACUCUUCAAGACGUUUACAGCCUUCUUCAUUGCAUAUUGUCUUUGUCUGGCGCCCAGCGUAAGAGAUUGGCUCGGCCCUUACAAUUACAUGAUGGUUAUAUCCGUCAUUCUCAACCACCCAGCUCGCACCCUAGGAGGCCAAAUCGAGGGCACGGUUCUUACUAUUGUGGGAACAGCUAUAGGCAUAGGCUGGGGUAUACUAGGUCUCCUCUUGUCAACUUCUACUGUUGCCGCCAGCGCUGGCUACGGCGGCAUCUUGGCCAUGUUUCUUGCGCUGUUCAUGCUUGCCUUGGCUUGUAUUCGUGCCUUCUUUAUCAGGUUCUAUCAAGCAGUUCUCUGUGCUGGAAUAGCAAUCAUGUUCGCGACGUUGGCGAACACAAACAGCCAAAACGUCAUCUGGGAUAAUUUACGCAGUUACGCUGUUUCCUGGCUUUUUGGACAAGUCAUUGCAUUGGUUAUUAAUGUUCUAAUAUUUCCAGACGCAGGUUCCAGAGCUCUGGCCACGGCGUUACAUCAAGCGUUUGACACAAUGCAGGUUUGUGCAAAUUCUUCCUAUGGAAAGGCUAUAAUUUGGCUGAUUAUGCAUCAGGAAGCCCUCGAUCUCUCGGACCAACCGUGUGGCAUGAGACCGAGGCGGCGAUUAGCCGAUGCCUUUGUGAAUCUCUCGGAGGCGUAUAGAGAUAUGAAGAUCAAUAUUACGGUCUCAAGAUUCAGACCAGACGAUGUUGAACAAUUGCGCAACAAAAUGCAAGCUGUGAUACGAGCACUACUGUCGCUUCAAACUGAACCUGAGCUUCUGCACGAGUCACACUCAGAUCAGGGCUGUGUGGUCAUCGUGGAUCGGCCGGAUUCUGACAAUGUCGACGAACAGUCUUCCCAUUCAAGCCCAAAUAUUAAUUUUGCUGUCCAAACGGCGUCGGAUGACAUGAUGCGCAAUGUCGUUGAACCUCUCCGAGCUCCAACAAAAGACCUCCUUUAUAGCUUGAAGGAAGGUCUACGAUGUUGUGACGCCGUGCUAAUGGAUCUGUCUGGGUACAGAAAGCACCUGGGCCCAUCAGAAGUAGUUUCUUCGGACCUUGCACCAGUUCAAAUACGAACAAAGAUUGUAGUCGCUGCUUUUGACACUGUAGAAUCAACCAUUCUGCACUCAAAUGAUACGCCCGUAUCUUCAAUUCAUGAUGCUAACGUGGUACAUCUCUUGGUUUUUGCAAGGCGUGCCCGGGAAACCAUUGCGACAGUCGAGGCUCUUAUGGACCAAGUCGCCUCAAUGCAACGGGUACCAGACUGGCCUCGCGCGUAUUUGCCGUCUUAUCCUAUUUGGAAAGCAAUUCAUCGAACCAACGCUCAGGUACGUCAUGAUCGAGGCGGUGUCACUGCGGGGUAUUAUCAGAAGACAUUUGUAGAAAUCGCUAGGCUGCUUGAGAAGAUCAAGUCCCUGGACUACAAGGCGAUAUCGCGGGUUCAACAUGGGCAGGCUCAAGAAGGACCACAAGCUGAAUUUGACCGCUCCAUGACGAACUCCGAUGCGGUUAUUGCCCAAGUUUCUAAAAAGAGAAAGUCGCGAUAUAAGAUCUGGACAGUGCUGUACCGGCUUCAAGGUUUUGAAAGUAGAUAUGCUUUCAAAGUCUGCCUCGUCACAUCCCUCUUGUCAGUACCAUCAUACCUUCCUCAAAGUAAUGAAUGGUGGGAUUACUACCAGGUGUGGUGGGUAGUUGUAGUGGGCUGGGCAGUCAUGCAUCCGCAAAUCGGCGGAAAUAUACAAGAUCUAGCAACUAGGUCCGGUGUAGCUAUUCUAGGAGCAACUUGGAGUGGGAUAGGAUACGCCGCUGGGGGUGGAAGCCCGUACGUUAUGGGCGUCUUUUCGGCUUUGUACAUGGCGCCCAUGCUCUAUCGAUAUACUAUAAGUUCUCAUCCAGUUCUCACCCGCCACGAAAUUCGACUGCGCGCGCCAUUCGACCCUCUUCCAUAUUCCGGACUGGCAGACGCAUGCGAAAGAUUCUUUGAUCACCUAAUCACCGUUCGCCGGUCCGCCCUGUUCUACAACCCACGCUAUAUCAGAGACUACCCCCUGGCCGCCGAACAACUCCUCAGUUACCGUCGCGAUGCUGUAGCCGCCAUCUUGGGCAAUCUAUACAUUUUAGCUGGCGCUCUUCGAUCUAAACGAAAAAUGCCCCUCUAUAUGCCAAGCGCUGCAGCAGCCCGAAAAAAGCUAUUAGUCAAAACGGCCGAGGUCGAAGAAGACAUGUCUAAAAAGGCACCGCCAAGCGAUAUAAAAAAACACAAGGAAUGGAGCGAUGUCUACAGUUUUUCAUACAGCGAGAGCUUGACCGGCUGUGUAGUUCAACUUGAGGAGCUAGAGAAGUAUACGAAACUUAUAGUUGGGGAGCAGGGAUUCGACGACGAAUUUCAAGACGAAGACGAAGAUGACGAUAAUCGUGUGCAAAAUGAUCAUUGA